UAAAAUUGUAAAAGUAGCGUAUUAAAAUUAAAAUUAAAUAAAGGUUUAGAUAAAUUAAAAUAUUUUUUAAAUUUAAUAAUUUAUUAACAAAUUUAUUUGAUUAAAUAAUUUUAACUAAAGUCCACUUUGACUUAACCUUAAAAGUUGAUUCGUGUUAGCCUUCAUCACGUUUUUGGUAACAAAGUUCACGUUGUAACUUCGCUUUUAAUUGAGAUCAAAAUGUCGUUCGCUACUAAAUUGAUUAAUCGCCAUUUUUCCACUGGAAUUAAACUUUCAAACAAAAAUGUCAUCAUAAAAAAUGUCACCGUCAUCGGUGGCGGAAUCAUGGGUGGUGGGAUAGCCCAGGUGGCAGCCCAAACAGGACACAACGUAACGUUGGUUGACGUCAGUGAAGAUGUCUUGAAAAAUUCAAAAUCCAAAAUUGAAACAAGUCUUGCCAGGGUUGUUAAAAAGUUGUUUGGGGACAAUAAAGAGAAGGGUGAACUAUUCCAAAAAGAAACAAUGGGUAGAUUAAACUAUAGGACAUCUCUUGUCGAUUCGGUGAACGAGGCAGACCUAGUUGUAGAGGCUGUUGUCGAAAACAUAGACAUCAAACACAAAGUAUUUACUCAGCUUGAUUCUGUAGCACCAGAACACACCAUUUUCGCCUCGAACACAUCUUCAUUCCUCAUAAAAGACAUGGCCAAGGUCACAAAAAGGUUGGAUAGGUUUGGAGGGCUGCACUUCUUUAACCCUGUAACCGUCAUGAAACUGGUUGAGGUCAUAAAAAUGCCUGAAACCUCCCAAGAAACCCAUGAAGCCCUUAUUAAGUUUGGCACGACAAUGGGCAAAACAGCUGUUGAAGCUAAGGAUAAAGAUGGAUUCAUAGUGAACAGACUGUUGAUUCCUUAUCUAAUGGACAGUGUCAGAAUGCUCGAGAGAGGAGACGCCACUGCCAGGGACAUAGACACGGCCAUGAAGUUAGGGUCGGGCCAUCCAAUGGGCCCAAUUGAACUCGUCGACUACAUUGGAUUGGAUACGUGCAAAUUUGCUCUCGAUGGUUGGCACCAAAAGGAACCAAACAAUCCAACAUACAGACCCAUUGCAAUGCUUGAUAAGUUGGUUUCUGAAGGCAAACUAGGCGUCAAGACAGGAGCUGGCUUCUACGAAUACAAAAAGAAAUAAAAAUGUCUGCAACUGAAUAAAAUUAAAAUAAUCUACAAGUUUAUUAUUGUGUUUAAAAAUGUUUUUUGACUAAAUUUUAAGCAUGAGUUACGUUACUUUGUGUCAAUUUUUGUUAAAGACAGAUCGUGCCUUAAGUGUUUGUGCUAAUAACGUUGCAUGUUAAUAUUUUGUAAUUAUUUUUUUCGCUGUUGUACAUUGUCCAACUCAUUAAAAUAUCAUGUUCCCUUCCCUGUUUCGAUGCCAGAUGUUGUUCAUUCGAUUUGUUAAUCUAAGUUUUUGUUUUCAUUUUAAUUUGAAAUUGGCUCUAUGAUUAUUUUGAAAAGAAGUAAUUCGUUGCAAUUGUUUAACCCAAUUAUACUAGAUAAAAGACUGAAAAGUGCCAAACUGUUCAUUUGUUUGAGGAUACGUUAACUUAAUAACUACUUAUCCUUAAAACGAAACGAACACGAAGAAAAUAAAUAGAAAAAUCAAACCCG